CAUUUUUGCUACGUUUGAUUGAAACGUAGCGAAGGGUAGGAAAGUUUGCUUAAAAUGAGAUAACUGACGAAAAUUUUAAGCAUAAAAAAUAGGACAGGACCGAAAAUAUAAAAACCAGCUGUAUGUUGUUUAUACGAUUCGCACCAAAAUUAAUCUGCAAUGGAAGAUUUUUCAACUACCAAAUUGUAUGAAGAGCUUCUUCAUAUCAUUCACAUCACGGAGGAAAAUCAGAACAUUAUUGAUAUAUUGAAUCAAUAAACUGAAGGACUGGAUGUUUUGGAGCAGCGCUAUAUAAAAACUGAACAAAAGCACAUUGAGUGACGACAAUGUCGAAAGCACCAUGAUAAUAUAAUGUACUAGUAGCUCGCAUGUCGGUGUCAACACUUCAUCAGACGUGUCGGAAACAAUGAGAAGGAUUUGAGUGAUUGGUGCUUUGGCGUUGAGUGUGUUCAAGAAAUAUCGACCGGCAUUAUCAAUAAUUUUCAGGUUGCCUAGCAAGGUGUUUAUUAUACAUUCCCGUCGUGACAGCUUUCACGCGAAAAUGUUUUAAUUCCGUGCGCGAUUUUAGCUGCGACGAUGAGCGAAGAAAAAAAGAAAGAUGCGGAAAAGAAACAAGACGACUCAGAAGAUGAACGUUUCGAAUUUAUAUUCAAUUACUUAACCAAAUCGUAUCGUCUGAAGCACGAAAAAUGGUCCAAAAUGCUGUCAAUCGAAGACAAUAAGAAAAUGGUUCUGAAGUUUCUGAACGAUCCUAAGCAAAAAAUGUUAAUAUUAACCGUCUUGUCUACUGGUGUCUUGACUCCAUUCAAUCAAUUCAACAGUUUGAUAAGGCAAAAAUUUACGUAUUUUAUUCGGAAAAAAGAGGAAGAAAUUACGAUUGAAAACUUUUUGGACGUGGUGACGUUCGGCGAUAUGUCAGGAAAGCCCAUUGAAGAUCUAUCCGUUCUCGUCGAGGGGGUAUUCGUUCCUCUGCUUUCUAAUCCUGCUAACCACAAGGGAUGGCCCAAAGUGGUAGCUCAGGAUGUCGUAUCGCACGUCAGAACUUUUAAAAAUACCGUUGAUCAAAUUAAAGGUGCGAUGAAAAGUCAGGUGAUUCUACCUAUGCCUCAGGGUAUAUCAAAUGUACACCAAUCGAUCCAGGUGUAUAUGGAUUCCAACGGAGACGAAGUAAACUUGCCACUUAAAACAACGAUGGAGAACUCAGUGAUGAAAUGGACAACUAUCGUCAAUGAAAUUUUGAAGCAAACUUCUCAAAUUUGUUUUGUUGACGGCCAGAAUCCGACACCGCGGAAUGAAAUAGAAUUUUGGAAUGCGAGAAACAAGAACUUGGAAUCUAUUUACGAUCAGCUUCGUGAUCCACGAGUUAAGAAAAUGGGAGAAUAUUUGGAAAUAACAAAAAGUACAUAUUCGAAAUCAUUUAAAACUCUCUUCAAGAAUGUUGUUUCCGCUGUUGUGGAAACAAGAGAUAUUUGCAAAUAUUUAAAGACAUUGGUGCCACAUUGUCAUAAAUUUGAAGAGGAGGACUUUUUAGAUACUGAACCUUACGUGAAACCUCUGGUUCACAUCGUGGGUCUGAUAUGGGUAAACUCCCAAUACUAUUCGAGGUGUGACCGUAUAGUAGUCUUAAUUCAGAUGAUAGGAAAUCUACUGAUAGAAUCGGCAGUACAGUCUCUGGAUCCAAGCAGUAUAUUCCAAGGAGAACCGGACGAAAUGCACGAAAAAAUAGAUCGCGCUAUUCUGGUUAUCGCGAAAUUUGAAUUCUCAGUCGAGUACGUCCGAGAUAAUUUGGAUUCUUACUACGACUCCCGCCCCAUAGGUUCGGCGGAAGUCGAGAGAAAGCCGUGGAACUUUCACCGCCGCAAUGUUUUCCAAAGGCUUCUCGAUUUCGUAGAGAGGCUCGAUCUCGUUAAGCAAAUUCUUCAAACCCAUUUGGACUUUAAUAAACUGGAAAAAGUCGAAAUCGGGGGAAUAAAGGGUAGAUAUCUGUCCUCUAAGUGCGCCGAUAUACUGGAGGAAUUCAACAAGGCCUACAAUCUGUUCGCAAACAUUCAGUAUGACGUCCUGGAUACGGCUGACGAUUCGCUGGCCAAAGAUUACGAGAAGUUACAAAUUUCGUGCGCCGAUUUCGACAAGAGGUUGGCUGCUAUUUUCUCGCAAGCUUUCGAAGAUUGCUCGAAUUUAACGGCCAUGUUUAAGUACUUAAAUUUGGCCGGAAAUUUGUUUAGUAGACGAUUAGUUUAUGAAGAAUUGACCGGUAAAUAUCCGGUAAUCGUGGAGAUGUUCGAUGAAGAAUUGGACAAUGUCAAAUCCCUCUUUGAUGAAGGUAAAAAAUACGAGGUUCCAAUAGCGCAAAACUAUCCUCCGGUUGCGGGAACUAUCUUGUGGCUUCGCAAGUUGUACGACAGGAUCGCCAGGCCCGGAGAUGAAUUGAAACUACUAAAUACCGAUAUAAUCAAAGAAGAGGACACUGUGCAUGUUAUGAAAAAAAUGCAUGAAAUGCUUCAGAUUCUGAGAGACGAAGAAGAGAUCGUGUUCAAAGAUUGGUGCCAACAGGUUCCGCAACAGAUUGUCCAAGGCAUGUCGAAAUUUCAAUUAACCAGAAAUGAACAGAAACUGUUGGAUGUGAACUUUGAUAGAGAACUCGAAGCAAUUUUACGGGAAGUCAAGUACUUGAGAAAUAUGGAAAUAGACAAUAUACCUGAUGAUGCCACUGAAUUGUUUAAAAAAUGCGAAGGAUUGUUGGACUCGAUUCUAAAAUUUAAGAGAAUUGUAGAAUGGUACAAUUAUCUACAAACCUCAACUUCAGAGGUGGAAUUUAACCUAAUCAAGGGCGAACUUGAAGCAAUUGAUGAAAUGUUAGAGCAAGUUACUGCUUACUAUACCUGGAAUAGCAACAAUCUGGAAAUUAUUACAAAAAUAUUUAAUACUGUGAAGCAAUUGGUAGACAGAAUUAAGCUGGCUCAGAAAAAUGUUAAAAAUCUCAUUGCCGGAAUAAAGGUGUGGGUUCAGCAGCCACUUUUCGAGAGGAAAGAUGGCAGAAAAGAAAACUUGAUUUAUCUGGAGGACAGAAUAGAAAAAAUACAGAAAAGGAAAGAACAGGUUACCGCUUCCUCUUGCGAAUUAGAACGGGUCAUUAAAGAAAAUUAUGAACUCUUCUUUAAUGAACCCUUCGAGGAAAUUCCUCCUCCUCCGAUAGAAACCCCUGUGGAGACGCCAGUCUCACCAGAACCGAAGCCGACUAAAAAAUUGAGGACGAAAGAAAAAGGAAGGAGAAAAGCUGUUAAGAAACAGCAGGAGGAAGACGUACUUCGAGAGAUGAAAGAAACUGCUAGAACGGAAGAGGAGGUGAAACGAAAAGAGACGAAGAUGACCAUGUGGCUGCCGUAUCUGGAAGAAUUGGAUGAAGUUGUUAAAGACUUGAUGCUCACAGCAGUUCAUAAUUCGCAAUUGUUCUUUCUGAUCGAAAUGCAUGAAACAGCCAAGGCUCCGUUGAUGGAGUUGGUAAUGGAACUUCACGAGCCGAAUAUAAUUUUUAUUCCAUCGAUCGAUACAGAUGAGUCUGCGAAUUUUUUGCAAUUUGUAGAAGACUUGCUGGAAGAUAUUUACUCUAUGUCUCAUUAUAUGGUUCACGCCAAUCCAAAAAUAAGCAUUAGCUAUUACGACAUAGUUAGGGAGAACCCGGAUAUAUCACAUCAACAUAACGAAAUAUGCAAAAAGGCAUUCCAAGGGAUGGAAAGCGCGGCAAAUUUCCUCAAAGAUUUUGACGAUUACUACCCGUUAUGGGAGGAAGACCGGCAAGAAACACUGCGACAGUUUUUGCUUUACGGCAGACCUUUAAAUUUAGAGGAAGUAGAGUUAAUUAGGGAAGAAGGCGAACAGGCUCUUAAGGAAACACCUCCGACUCUUAACCAAUUUAAAGAACAAAUAGAUUAUUACGAAGAGUUGUACAAGAAGGUAGAAGAAAUCCCGACCGAAAAGAUACUGGGCGGUUGGUUGAGAGUAGAUCUUCGACCUUUACGUCAAGCGAUUUUGAAUAGUGUUUGCAAAUGGGGAAAUCUAUUUAAGCAACAUUUGUACAAUAAGGUAAUUGGCAGUCUGCAAGAAUUAGAGGAUUUUGUAAAAGAGGCGGUGACAGCAAUGCAGGUUACUUUGACGGAGGACGAUUACGACGGAUUGUUGAACGUAAUGAGUUACUUGUUUAAAGUGAAAGAGAGGCAACAUGAAACAGAUAACAUGUUUGAGCCUCUAAAACAGAUAAUGGAUUUAUUGAAAGAAUACGAUGUGGAAUUUCCUGAAGAUAUCAUAGUGCAGUUGCAAGAAAUUCCUGACAGAUGGAUACAGUGUAAGAAGGUUGCUGCAACUACCAAACAAACGGUAGCACCGCUGCAGGCUCUCCAAGUUAAUGCAAUAAAGCGGCGCAUCAAUCUCUUCGAAAUACGGCAGUCUAUGUACCGAGAUCAGUUCAAGAUUCUUCCGCUUUUCAACUGGAACUGUCAACGGGUUUACCGGUUACUGGACAAAGUCAACAAUGAACUAUCUGAUCUGGAAAAGGAACGCGACAAGAUUCAAGAACAAGCAAACCUAUUCGAACUGAUCCUUCCAGAAUUUAAAGCGCUGAGAGCGACCAGAAAAGAAAUAAAGCAGGUCAAACAACUGUGGGAUUUCAUUAAGGUGGCGAGAUCUUGCAUCGAUGAGUGGAAGCUUACGCCGUGGAAGAAAAUAGACGUGGAAAACAUGGAAAUGGAGUGCAAGAAGUACGGGAAGGAGAUACGGCAAAUGGACAAAGAAAUCAAAGGGUGGGACGCAUAUAUUCAGAUGGAAGCCACCGUUAAGAACAUGUUGACCUCGCUCAGAGCUGUGACGGAAUUGCAGAAUCCUGCCAUCAGAGAUCGGCACUGGAUUCAACUUAUGCAAGCGACAAAGACAGGAGAAAAAUUGGCUUCCCUAAUUUAUACUGUCAAAUUCGUCAUGGAUGACGAUACUACGUUAAGAGAUUUAUUGGACUUGAAUCUUCACGAAUAUGAAGACGAAGUCAAAACCAUUGUAGACAAAUCCGUGAAAGAGAUGGCUAUGGAAAAAAUCCUGAAAGAAUUAAACUCCACUUGGAGUGUGCUGGAGUUUGGAACAGAGGUUCACGAGAGAACUAAACUUCGAAUAAUCACCAUAACUGAAGAAAUGAUUGAAACGCUGGAGGAAAACCAAGUCGCCUUACAAAAUAUGAUGACGUCUAAGUUUAUCGAUUACUUUUUGGAUGAAGUAUCUGACUGGCAAAGAAAGCUAUCGAAUGCCGACCAAGUCAUUCAAAUUUACUUUGAAGUUCAACGAAAGUGGAUGUAUUUGGAGAGUAUUUUCAUUGGGUCGGAGGACAUCCGACUCCAACUUCCAGAAGAUUCGAAACGAUUCGACAGAAUCGAUAGAGAGUUUAAGGAUAUCUUGUCCGAAAUGUUGAAAACCUUAAAUAUUGUAAAAGCCACCAACAAGCACGGAUUGUACGAGAAACUGGAGAGCCUGCUAAAAGAACUUACUUUAUGUGAGAAAGCCCUUAAUGAUUACCUGGAAACGAAGCGCUUGGCUUUUCCCAGAUUUUAUUUCGUAUCUUCGGCUGACUUAUUAGACAUUUUGUCCAACGGAAACCAACCCGAUCUUAUACAGAGACAUCUGACGAAACUGUUUGAUUCGUUGGCCCGGCUGGUGUUUGUUCAAGAGGGUGGUAGGAAUUCGAAGAGGGCUAAAGAGAUGAUAUCCAAGGAAAACGAAGAACAUGUACCAUUUGUGCGACCUUGCGAUUGCAGCGGUAAAGUCGAGUUGUGGCUGAAUAGGGUUAUAGAUGUUAUGCGCGAAACGCUUCAUCAACAGUUCGAGGAGGCGGUAAUCACCUAUGACGAAAAACCGCGAGAGGUGUGGAUAUAUGAUUUUCCUGCCCAGCCUGCUCUGUGUGGUACCCAAAUAUGGUGGACCACGGAAGUGAACAUGGCGUUUGCGAGGUUGGAGGAAGGCUACGAAAAUGCGCUUAGGGAUUAUCAAAGGAAGCAAGUUGGCCAACUGACGUCGCUUAUUAAUUUGUUGUUGGGCGAUUUGACUGCCGGCGAGAGACAGAAAAUCAUGACGAUCUGCACCAUUGAUGUGCAUUCGCGCGACGUGGUGGCUAAAAUGAUCGCCAUUAAGGUGGAAAAUUCUCAAGCUUUCCAAUGGCAGAGCCAACUGAGGCAUCGAUGGGACGAGAAAGAGAAGGAUUGCUUCGCCAAUAUUUGCGAUGCUCAGUUUAGAUACUCUUACGAGUAUUUGGGGAACACGCCUCGGCUGGUUAUUACUCCUUUGACUGACAGGUGCUACAUUACUCUUACACAAAGUCUGCAUUUAAUAAUGGGUGGUGCUCCCGCUGGACCGGCAGGGACGGGUAAAACUGAAACUACAAAGGAUCUGGGAAAAGCUCUUGGUAUGAUGGUGUACGUCUUCAACUGUUCCGAGCAAAUGGAUUAUAAAUCGAUAGGAAAUAUUUAUAAGGGUUUGGCUCAAACUGGGUGCUGGGGAUGUUUUGAUGAAUUCAAUAGAAUAUCCAUCGAGGUUCUUUCAGUGGUUGCCGUUCAAGUGAAAACCAUCCAGGACGCGAUCAAAGACAAUAAAAAGAAAUUCUGGUUUUUGGGUCAGCAAAUCGCUUUAGUACCUACGGUCGGUCUGUUCAUUACUAUGAAUCCUGGUUACGCUGGUCGGACUGAACUGCCCGAAAAUUUGAAAGCUCUUUUUCGCCCAUGCGCCAUGGUGGUGCCUGAUUUUGCGUUAAUUUGCGAAAUUAUGUUGGUCGCGGAAGGUUUUCAAGAAGCUCGCUUGCUAGCUAGAAAAUUCAUAACGCUCUACACUCUAUGUAAGGAACUCCUCAGCAAACAGGAUCAUUACGACUGGGGUUUGAGGGCGAUUAAAUCGGUGCUGGUUGUUGCCGGCUCGCUUAAACGUGGUGAUAGACAAAGACCCGAAGACCAAGUGUUAAUGAGGGCUUUGCGCGACUUCAACAUACCCAAAAUAAUUACAGAAGACGUGCCGGUCUUUAUGGGAUUAAUUGGUGACUUGUUUCCGGCAUUGGACGUGCCAAGGAAGCGCAACUUAGAGUUCGAGAAAAUGAUCAAGAAGACCACAAUCGAAAUGAAACUUCAACCGGAAGAAGGAUUCAUUUUGAAAAUUGUUCAAUUGGAGGAGUUGUUUGCGGUGAGGCACUCAGUAUUCAUCAUCGGGUUCGCCGGGACCGGAAAGUCUAUGGUGUGGAAAACCUUAAAUCGCACUUACGCUAACAUGAAAUUGAAACCCGUCUACAAUGAUUUGAAUCCAAAAGCUGUAACUAAUGACGAACUGUUUGGGGUGAUCAAUCCAUCGACUAGAGAAUGGAAAGAUGGCUUAUUUUCUGUAAUUAUGAGAGAUCAAGCGAACUUAAGUGGAGAGGGUCCCAAAUGGAUUGUCCUAGAUGGCGAUAUUGAUCCGAUGUGGAUCGAAUCUCUCAACACUUUAAUGGACGAUAACAAAGUUUUGACUUUGGCCAGCAACGAACGUAUCGCGUUGACCCGUUCGAUGAGGUUGCUAUUUGAAAUUGCAAACCUAAGGACUGCAACCCCAGCAACUGUGUCCAGAGCUGGCAUUUUGUAUAUAAAUCCCGCGGAUCUGGGCUGGAGCCCUUUCGUCGCCUCUUGGAUCGACACCAGAACCCAACAAAGUGAAAAAGCAAAUUUGAUGAUAUUAUUUGAUAAAUACGUACCUCCCUGUUUGGAAGCCGUUCACAAAAAGUUCAAAAAAAUCACUCCAAUAUCGGACAUAGCCCACUUGCAAAUGCUGUGCAGUUUGCUAGACUGUUUUUUAACUGCCCAAAACGUUCCUCUUGAUUGCCCGAAGGAAUGGUACGAGACCUAUUUCGUUUUUUCGGUGGUGUGGGCUUUCGGGUCCGCGAUGUUUCAGGACCAAAUCAUAGACUGGCGGAACGAAUUCAGCAAAUGGUUCAUAAACGAGUUCAAAAGUAUCAAGUUUCCCGUAGGUGGUAACGUGUUUCAAUACUACAUUGAUUCGGAAACGAAAAAGUUUUUGCCGUGGACAGAUUUGGUUCCUCAUUUUGAGCUCGAUCCCGAUAUCCCACUGCAGGCGACCCUGGUGAAUACCGCUGAAACCAGUCGGAUAAGAUUCUUUGUCGAUCGACUGGUUGCGAUGAAAGUACCGGUUAUGUUGGUGGGUCCUGCAGGAAGCGGCAAAACCGUUAUCAUCCAAGAGAAACUGAAUAGUUUGGAAGAUACUUACGCUGUAACGAACGUGCCGUUCAAUUUUUACACCACAUCGGAGAUGUUUCAGAAAAUUUUGGAAAAACCUUUGGAGAAAAAAGCGGGCAAGGUAUAUGGUCCGCCGGGCAAUAAAACGAUGAUAUACUUCAUCGACGACAUGAAUAUGCCAGAGGUUGAUAAAUAUUUUACCGUACAACCGCAUACGCUUUUAAAACAAUGGAUGGAUUACCAACAUUGGUACGACAGACAGAAGUUGACCAUAAAGGAAAUCCACAACGUGCAGUUUAUAUCUGGCAUGAAUCCGACUGCUGGUUCUUUCACUAUCGAUCCACGAUUGCAGCGGCAUUUUAGCGUUUUCGCAGUCAGCUACCCUUCCGAAGAAGCCUCCUUACACAUUUAUAAUUCGAUUUUUUCACAGCACCUUGCCAGUCCGCUUCAAAAGUUCAGCGCCAAUAUUCAGAAACUUUGCCCGACGCUUGUGCAAGCGGCGCUCCAUUUGCAUCAAAAAGUGGGCCAAACUUUUCUUCCAACUGCUGUAAAGUUCCAUUACACUUUUACGCUCAGGGACUUCUCUAACGUUUUCCAAGGGAUGCUUUUUGCAACUGGGGCCGCCAUUCCCAAUCAGUCUUCUCUCAUUCGUCUUUGGAUGCACGAAGCGAAUAGAGUUUACGGCGACAAAUUGGUUGAACGCCGCGAUAUGGAUACUUUUAACAAGCUCAUGAUCGAAACCGUUAAAAAAGGGUUCGAGGAGCUAGACGAAAAUGUCGUGUUUGAAAAGCCGUUAAUUUUCUGCCAUUUUUCAGAAGGAAUAGGCGAUCCCAAAUACUUUCCCAUCACCGAUUUUGACCAUUUGAGUAGAUUAUUACAUGACGCACUGAGCGGAUACAACGACCUGAUUGCGGCAAUGAAUCUAGUACUUUUCGAGGACGCCAUGUAUCACAUAUGCCGUAUUAGCAGGAUAUUAGAGGCACCUAGAGGCAACGCUUUAUUGGUAGGUGUAGGAGGAUUCGGAAAACAGUCUCUUACUAGACUAGCAGCGUUCAUUUCGUCUUUCGAAGUAUUCCAAAUUCAACUGAAGAAAGGUUACUCUAUGCACGAUAUGAAAACAGAUAUUGCUCAACUGUAUUUAAAGGUUGGUCUGAAGAGUGUUGGAAUCGUGUUCUUGAUGACCGAUGCCCAGGUGCCCGACGAAUCAUACCUGGUGUUAAUCAACGACGUUCUUGCGUCGGGUGAAAUUAGUGAGCUGCUACCGGAUGAAGACGUCGAAAAUGUCAUCAAUGGAGUUCGAGGUGAGGUCAAAGGUUUGGGUCUGCAAGAUACGCGCGAAAACUGCUGGAAAUUCUUCAUCGAUCGCGUGAGACGCCUUCUGAAAAUAGUGCUCUGUUUUUCACCUGUCGGUUCGACGCUGCGAGUGCGCGCUAGGAAAUUUCCAGCAUUGGUUAACUGUUGCUCUAUCGAUUGGUUCCACGAUUGGCCCAGGGAAGCUUUGGAGUCGGUAUCGAAGAGGUUUGUAGCUGAAAUCGAAGUUUUACCGCAACCUCUUAUCGAUUCGGUCUCGUUGUUUAUGUCCCAUGUUCACGGGCUAGUUAAUGACUUUUCGGAAACCUACUUGCAGAACGAAAAACGUUACAAUUACACAACACCCAAAUCCUUCUUAGAACAAAUCGAUCUGUAUGGGAAACUCUUAACAGAGAAAUCGGAGGAUCUUCACAACAAUAUUGACCGCCUGCAAACCGGUUUGACUAAGCUAGCGUCGACGUCCGAGGAAGUGGACGGUCUUAAAGAAGUUCUCGCGGUGCAGGAAGUAGAGUUGGCGGAAAAAAAUGUCGCCGCCAGUAAGCUGAUCGAAGUCCUUUCGAUCGAGAACGAGAAAGUGGCGAAAGAGCAGGCGAUAGCCAGCGAAGAAGAAGCGAAAGUUAAAUUAAUUGAGGAAGACGUAACGAUUAAAGCCAAAAUUUGCGCAGAAGAUCUAGCUAAAGCCGAACCGGCUCUGAUUGCGGCCCAGGCGGCUUUAAAUACGCUAAACAAAAACAACUUGACGGAGUUGAAAUCGUUCGGCAGUCCGCCUGACGCGGUCGUCGCUGUUUGCGCCGCAGUUUUGGUACUGUUUUCAAAAAAAGGCAAAAUUCCCAAAGAUAGAAGUUGGAAGGAAUGCAAACUAAUGAUGGGUAAAGUAGAUCAAUUUUUGAACGACCUGAUCACUUACGAUAAGGAAAAUAUGCAGCCGGAAGUGGUCAAGGCUGCACAGGAAUACCUAAAAGAUCCCGAAUUUAACCCGGAAAAUAUCCUGAGUAAAUCUGUAGCCGCCGCCGGCCUCUGCGCUUGGGUUAUAAAUAUAUUGAAAUUCUAUGAUGUGUUUGUAGUGGUGGAGCCCAAAAGACGGGCUUUGGCGGCCGCGAACAAGGAAUUGGCGGAUGCGCGAGGGAGACUCGCCGAACUCAAAGAGAAACUCGACGAGCUGGAGAAACAACUGGCCAUACUAAGGGCGGAAUUUGAAGAUGCCACAAAUGCUAAGCUUAAAUGCCAAGCCGAAGCGGACGCUACCACCCAGAUGAUCGAUUUGGCCAAUCGACUGGUGAAUGGUUUGGCUUCAGAAAAUAUUCGUUGGAGGGAGCUGAUUAAACAUUACAAGGAGGCUACCGUGACCCUUCCCGGAGACAUUUUAUUGGUCACUGCUUUUAUUUCGUAUUUAGGAUGCUUUACUAAACGGUAUCGUACUGAUAUGUUGGACAAACACUGGAGGCCGUUUUUAAAGACUCUUGAAGUGCCGAUUCCUAUGACCGAAGACUUGGACCCUUUAACCAUACUGACCGACGAUGCCAAGAUUGCGCAGUGGAACAAUGAAGGUCUUCCUACUGAUCGCAUGUCUACAGAAAACGCCUGCAUAUUAACGAAAUCGACUAGAUGGCCCCUCAUUAUCGACCCGCAAUUGCAAGGUAUAAAAUGGAUUAAAACGAAGUACGGGGACCAUUUAAAAGUGGUGAGGUUAACGCAGAGGACGUAUUUGGAUGUGAUCGAAAAAUGCAUUUCUGAUGGACAGACGGUGCUGAUAGAAAACAUUGGAGAAACUAUGGACGCCGUUAUGGAUCCAAUCCUGGGCAGGGUGUUGGUGAAAAAGGGAAGAUGCAUUAAGAUCGGCGACAAAGAAAUCGACUUCAAUCCCAAUUUCCGAUUGAUUUUGCACACGAAACUGGCGAACCCGCAUUACAAACCGGAAAUUCAAGCCCAAACCACUUUGAUUAAUUUCACUGUUACCCGUGACGGUUUGGAGGAGCAACUGUUGGCAGAAGUCGUAAAAGCCGAACGGCCUGAUUUGGAAACGCUCAAAUCGACUUUAACGAAACAACAAAACGAUUUCAAAAUUACCCUAAAAACGUGCGAGGACAAUUUGCUUUACAGAUUAUCCUCUGCCACUGGAAAUAUUCUGGGAGACGUUGAGUUGGUAGUUAACUUGGAGACGACAAAAAAGACGGCGAAUGAGAUUGCAUUAAAAGUGGAGGAAGCUAAAUUGACUUCGGUAAAAAUCGACGAGGCUCGUGAACACUACCGACCGUGCGCAACGAGGGCGUCUUUGUUGUAUUUCAUACUGAACGAUUUGUUUCGUAUUAACGCCAUCUACCAAUUUUCCUUAAAAGCCUUUAGCGUUGUCUUUAAAGAUGCGUUGAAGAGAGCUACGCCGGCAGAGAAUUUAAACGAAAGGGUCUCAAAUUUGCUGGAUAACAUCACGUUCUCCGUUUUCAUGUACACCUCCCGUGGUUUAUUCGAAUGCGAUAAGCUAACGUUCAUGGCCCAAAUGACUUUCCAGAUAUUUUUGCAACUGGGAGAAAUAAAUCCAGAGGAACUGGAUUUUCUUCUUCGAUUUCCCGCCAUAGCCAAUCUAAGUUCGCCGGUAGAUUUUUUAAACAAUAUUUCUUGGGGUGGUAUAAAAACGCUUUCUCUCACCGAGGAGUUUAAAAACCUCGACAAGGAUUUGGAGGGGUCAGCCAAAAGGUGGAGAAAAUUCGCAGAGAGCGAAUGCCCGGAAAAGGAAAAAUUUCCUGGCGAAUGGAAAAACAAAACGACUCUACAAAAGUUGUGCAUUAUGCGGUGCCUUCGGCCAGACAGAAUGACUUACGCGGUGAGUCUCUAUAUCGAAGAAAAAUUAGGGUCUAAAUACAUAACUGCUCGGAGCGUUGCGUUUGAAAAAUCCUACGAGGAGACCAGCUCCUCGACUCCAGUAUUUUUCAUUUUAUCCCCGGGAGUGAACCCACUAAAAGACGUUGAGCGAAUGGGGAAACGAUUGGGGUUCACGUUCGAUCAUGGAAAUUUUCACAGUGUCUCUCUAGGCCAAGGCCAAGAAAUCGUUGCCGAAAAUGCGAUGGAUUUGGCAGCCCAAGAAGGUCAAUGGGUCAUCCUACAAAAUAUCCAUCUGGUGGUGAAGUGGUUGGCAACGCUUGAGAAGAAAAUGGAACAGUGUGGUGAAAGUGCACACGACAAUUACAGAUUAUACUUGAGCGCCGAACCUUCUCCAGACCCACACUCUUGCGUAAUACCUCAAGGUAUUUUAGAAUCCUCGAUUAAAAUAACGAACGAACCACCCACCGGUAUGUAUGCGAACUUGCAUAAAGCUCUGGAUAAUUUUAAUCAGGAAACUUUGGAGAUGUGCUCCAAGGAAGCGGAGUUUAAGGCAAUUUUGUUUGCCCUCUGCUAUUUCCACGCUGUGGUGGCGGAAAGGAGGAAAUUCGGGCCACAGGGUUGGAACAGGAAUUACCCGUUCAACGUAGGCGAUUUGACCAUUAGCGUAAGCGUCCUCUACAACUAUUUGGAAAACACCAACAAGAUCCCGUGGGAAGAUUUGAGGUACUUAUUCGGGGAGAUUAUGUACGGAGGGCACAUAACCGACGACUGGGACAGAAGAUUAUGUCGGAGCUAUCUAUUAAGUUACAUGCAACCGGAAUUAAUCGAAGGGGAUUUACACUUCGCCCCAGGUUUUUUUGCACCGCCAAAUACGGACUACGUCGGAUAUCAUAAGUACAUAGACGACAGAUUGCCGACCGAGAGUCCGUACUUGUAUGGACUACAUCCGAAUGCGGAAAUUGGCUUUUUAGCAAGUACCGCAGAGAACAUGUUCCGAACUAUUUUUGAAAUGCAACCCAGGGACUCUAGUGCUGCGGCGGGGGCUGGUAUGUCAAAGGAAGACAAGGUUAGAAAUGCUUUGGAGGAAAUCUACGACAAAUUGCCUGAAGAGUUUCCCGUAGUCGAAAUGAUGGCCAAAGUCGAAGAGCGCACCCCUUACAUCAUUGUCGCUUUCCAAGAAUGCGAAAGGAUGAACACAUUAACGAGGGAAAUGAAGAGGUCGCUACGUGAACUCGAUUUGGGGUUAAAGGGCGAGCUGACUAUUACAUCUGACAUGGAGGAUCUACAAGAAUCGCUGUAUUUGGAUCAGGUGCCGGAUUCAUGGUCUUCGAAGGCUUAUCCUAGCUUGCUUCCCCUCGGACAAUGGGUUGGAGACCUCUCACUAAGAAUAAAAGAACUAGAAGGUUGGACGCAAGAUUUUUCGAUGCCCGCUACCGUAUGGUUGGGUGGGUUUUUCAAUCCGCAAUCAUUUUUGACUGCUAUAAUGCAGCAAACUGCCCGAAAAAAUGAAUGGCCGCUGGACAAAAUGUGCCUGAUGACGGAGGUGACGAAGAAGCAAAAGGACGAUUUCAAUUCGCCGCCUAGGGAAGGCGCGUACGUCCAUGGAUUGUUUAUGGAGGGUGCAAGAUGGGACGUCCAGCUAAAUAGCAUAGCGGACUCGAAGCUAAAAGAGUUGUUCCCAGUAGUGCCUGUUAUUUUCAUAAAAGCCAUUACCCAGGACAAACAAGACCUUCGUAACAUGUACGAUUGUCCAGUGUAUAAAACAAGGAUGAGAGGUCCCACGUUUGUUUGGACGUUCAACCUGAAAACGAAGGAAAAGGCAUUGAAAUGGACGCUGGCGGGGGUGGCGAUAUUGUUGCAAGUUUAAAUAACACACGGAAAAUGUUUUGACUUUUCAUGUUGACUCUAUUAAGAUAUAGUUUGUUAACAAAUAAAGAAUUAUUCAUU